AUGUCACUCCAAAUCGUGCCCUGGGAGCCAGAGCAGCUCCCAACACUGCAGCGCUCAGAGUCAGUCGAUGCGGACAUUAACACCGGCAAUGUGCCCCCGUCUCGGCCCGUGCUUCCGUCAAAUCUCAAAAAGAAGUGCGCGACAUUUACCAAGAAGAUGUGGCGUGAAAACGGGGUCCGCGUCUGCUUUCUGGUUGCGGCCAACACAACGGAUAUAGGACCAGUUGUGAGCCUCGUGGAUCAUAAUGCCAUAAUUGGCGCACCAUCUAACUUCUCGGAUGUGACCCGUGACCCCAAGUGGAACUCGACGAACCUCUGGUCUGACUGGGAGAGGUUCGCCACUGAUCUAUUGGGAGAGAAGCCCCGGUCUGUUUUGGAUGCGAGAGUAGCGCAGCAGAGGGCAGACUUCGGUCGGCUCUUUGCCACCGAUGAGGCGACAGGAUUGCCAAUAAUUCCCCCGCCUGAAGAGCUCGAAAAGCUUGAAACGAGGACGUCGCAAGAGUGGCAGACGAUGGUUUACCAGUUCCUCGUUGAACAUCACACGUGCACCGCUAAUAAGAGACAAGCUGCUGCUUCUAAUGGAAGAAUGGGGUAUGUCCCCUGGAAACACGCCAAGGCACUCGGCACGUCCCUGUGGCUCAAAGGCGGCUUAUGGCCCGACUUCGUCACAUUCGAUGAGCCGCAUAGUAUCAAGAAGGCUCACUGCAUUCAACUGAUCCGGCACUGGGGGCAGUUACAAAACGAAGGGAGAGCAUUUAGGAUGUCGGGGUGGCUUGCAUCUGAUGCCAAGCACGGCAUGCAGCCUCCCAUGUACGAUGAGUGGGCCACACGGGACGCGCAGAGGAGAGAGGCCGAGAGACAGGCCGAGAGACAGGUGGCCGAAGAACAGGCGGCCGCAGACCAGGCGGCCGAAGAACAGGCGGCCGCAGAACAGGCGGCCGAAGAACAGGCAGCCGAAGAACAGGCGGCCGAGAGGCAGGCGGCCGAAGAACAGGCGGCCGAACAGGCGGCCGAAGAACAGGCGGCCGAGAGACAGGCGGCCGAAGAACAGGCGGCCGAAGAACAGGCGGCGGUCAGAACGUGGAUUGCUGAUCAUAGACAGGCGGCCGAGAAACAGGCGGUCGAAGGACUGCCAGCCGAAGAACAGGCGGCGGCCAGAACGUGGAUUGGUCAGCGAAGACAGGCGGCCGACAGACAGGCAGACGAAGGAGAGGUGGCGGAGAGACAGGCGGCGGUGGCCAGAACGUGGAUCGCUCAUCAAAGACAGGCGGCCGAGAGACAGGCUGUCGAAGGAUUGCCUGCCGAAAGACAGGCGGCGGCCAGACAGACGGCGGUCAGAACGUGGAUCGUUCAGCAAAGACAGGCGGCCGAAAGACAGGCAGCUGAAGGACAGGCAGAGGUGGUUCCCCUUCGUGUCGGGAGAUGCCGCCUUGCCGCCCUCCUCUCCACCCCGACCUCGUGGGGCGCCGCCGCCCGGGUUUUCCUGGGCACAGUUCCCCUCUACGCCGCCCGUGCAGCUUCCGCGAGCUGCAGCGGAGUCCGUCAGUUCAAGUUCGUCUGGGUCAUCGACCGUGCGCUCUGGCAAUGA